AUGCCUGCAUUCCGUUUGACUGAUGAAAAGGAAGGAACAUUGCGUGGAUGUUGGAAGCUGGACCUGGAUGCGAUGCCUGUUUCUCUAUCCUAUUUAGAUACCUCCAUUUAUUGCAAAGAGACUGCAAUUUUGGACCCGGAUACUACUAAGGAGAUGGAUUCUAAUGGUGUGGGAACCAACCCUGACAUUAUUGCUGAGCAAAGACACCUAAAACCUUCUCAUUUGGACCAUUGUGAAAUGAAAAAAAGGUCCCAAAAGUCAAAGAAGAGAAAAAUUUUGGAGGACCAGAGCACCACGGAUGGAGGAAGAAAAUCAACAGGAGGCAACUCACCUACAAGGUUUGCAGAUGUUUUUCAUAGGAGGCGAGCUGAAGGAGCUUCUGGUUUACCUCUGGGUAAAAGCAAGACUGCCAGUGUAUCAGACGGCAUGAACCGUUGUGAUGGUUCCACUUUUGGUAGUAAAGACGCAGCUGCUCCCGCUAAGGAGAUGAGUCUAGAUGGUGUGGAUGCCGUACCUGGCAGUGUGAAUGAACAAAUCGGAAUCCCCACUCUACCUGCUCACUUAAAGAUGUCUGAAAUACCAGAGACAGAAUUUCGCAAUUUGAAAGAUCAGCGAUCUUCUGAGCUAUCGUUUGGAGCUUCUGAUCAACCUCUGGAUAAGAGUAAGGCUGCCACUGUAUCAGACCGCGUAAUAACUUGUGAUGGUGCCACUCUUGGAAGUAACAACGCCACUGCUAAUGCUAAGAAGAUGAGUCUAAAUGGUGUGGAUGACAUACCUAGCAGUGUGAAUGAGCAAAUCCUCUCUUCACCUGCUCAUCUGAAGAUGUCUAAAAUACCAGCCACGGUAUUUUGCAACUUUGACAACGACCGAUCCUCUGAGAAGCUCAGGACUGGUCAGAUAUGGGCUCUGUUCUGCAAAUUGGAUGAUUUGCCCAAGAGCUAUGCUCGAAUAGAGAGUGUUAAACAUCUUCCCGUUUUUAAACUGACUAUAAAGUGGCUUGAACCAUGCGAUCCACCAAAAGGUGUAAUUUCAUGGGUUGACAAGGGAAUGCCAGUGUGCUGUGGAACAUUUAAGGUCGCAUUUGGUGAAGGUGUUGUCUUUGAUAAUUCCAUUUCAUUUUGUCAUCAGUUAAGUGGGGUACCAUCUGGUAACGGCUUGUACACAAUCUAUCCAAGAGUAGGGGAAGUGUGGGCAAUGUACAGUAAAUUUUGCUCCGACUUGAAGACAUGUGAGUACUACAUGGUUGAAAUCGUAGGGGUAGUGGAUGAUUGUUGGAUAAUUGUUUCUGUUUUUCUAAGUGCUAACGGUUUUGAGACUAUAUUCAAAGCUAAAGGAAGAUAUGGACUUAGUUUUACGACUAUACCAUGGGUUGAAUUAUAUAGAUUCUCUCAUCAAGUUCCUUCUUUCAUGUUGAACGAAGCAAGCUACGACGAGUUGCGUGGCUGUUGGGAGCUUGAUCCCAGAUCAAUGUCAGUUCAUAUACAAUCUUUGAACUGA